GAGGAAAAGAACUGAGACAGAUCCUGUAGAAUCAAGGAUACAUAGUUGCUCAGAUAUAAACAUGAGCUCCAAAAUCCAUAUGAAGGAUCCGAUGUGCCUGAUCGAGAACAGGAAUGGCAAUGAGUUUGUGAUUAAUGCAGAAGCAGAAGAGAUUCUGUCUCAGAUCACGGAUCCAGUGGUUGUUGUGGUGAUUGUUGGGAAAUAUCGGACGGGGAAAUCUUAUUUGAUGAACAAACUAGCAGGAAGCAAAACGGGUUUCCCGCUAGGAUCCACCAUUCAAUCAAAGACUAAAGGGAUUUGGAUGUGGUGUGUUCCUCAUCCUCACCAACCCUCACAAACCCUUGUGUUGUUGGACACAGAAGGACUGGGGGAUGUGGAAAAGGGAGAUAGCAAAAAUGAUGCCUGGAUCUUCUCUCUGGCAGUUCUGUUAAGCAGCAACUUGGUAUAUAACAGCAUGGGAACCAUCGACAACCACGCAAUGGAGCAACUACACUAUGUGACGGAACUGUCAAAACUGAUAAAGGUAAAAUCAAACCCAGUAGAAGAAGAAAAGAAUGAAUCUGGCGAAUUCAAGCGCAUAUUCCCAUCAUUCACGUGGUGCGUGCGUGAUUUCAGCCUGAUAUUAGAGCUGAAUGGAAGGACAGUAACUGAAGAUGAAUAUUUAAUGAAUUCCCUCAAACUCAAGAAAGGUACGGAUAAGAAAAGUCAAGAUCACAACCUGCCAAGGGAGUGCAUCCUCCACUACUUUCACUCACAUAAAUGUUUUGUGUUUGACCGACCUUCCUCCACAAAAAACCUUCAACGUCUGGAGGACCUAGAAGAGCGGGACCUGGAAAGAGCAUUUGUGGAACAAACUCAGAAGUUCUGUGAUUAUAUACACAGACAAGGAAUAGUCAAAACUCUUCCUGGUGGUCUCUUAGUCACUGGUAGAAUGCUGGCACAUCUUGCUAACCUUUAUAUAGAGACAAUUAAAAGUGGAUCAGUCCCCUGUAUGGAGAAUGCUGUCCUUGCGCUGUCAGUCAUAGAGAACACUGGGGCUAUUCAGGAUGCCUUGACCAAGUAUGAAACUUGCAUGAAUAAUCAAGUGCCCAGGUUCCCAACAGAGACACUGGAGGAGUUCCUGCACAUGCACCAAGAGAGUGAGAAGGAGGCUCUGAAGGUCUUUUUGAAACGUUCCUUCAAUGAUGAGAAUCAAAAUUUCCAAAGAGAAUUCAAGCAUCUAUUAGAUGGAAAAAUGAAGGAAUUUUCAGAACGCAAUGAGAGGGAAUCUAUGGAGCGAUGUCAGAUCAUAAUUGAGGAAUUAAGUGAUCCUCUGGACCAAAGAAUAUCCCAAGGAGAGUUUUUAAAACCUGGAGGGCACAUGCUGUUCUUGGAAGAGAAGAUGAUAAUUAUGACAGUGUAUAACACCACCCCAUACAAAGGCCUAAAGAGCCUUGAAGUACUACAGGAAUUUAUGGAUAACAAGAAGGCAAUUGAAGCUACCAUUCUCCAAGCAGAUGAGAGUCUGACAGCAAAGGAGAAAGAGAUUGCAGAGAGUCAGGCUCAGGCAGAGGAAGCAGAAAGGCAAAGAUUGGUUCUUGAAGAGAAAGAGAGGUCUCUACAAAAAAGUAUGGAAGACCAGAGGAAGAGUCAUGAGCAGCACGAGAAGAUGCUAAUAGAGAAGAUGGAAAGGGAUAGGGUCAACUUAAUAGCAGAGAAUGAGCGGGUGAUUAACCAAAAGCUACAGGAACAAAAUGCCAUGCUGACUGCUGGAUUUCAAGGCAAAGUGAAUGCUCUACAGAGAGAGAUCGAUGAUCUAAAGGGGAGGAACAGGGCAGCAAAAUCCGGACCCUGCGUUUUACUUUAAGAAAAAUUUGUUCUGUGACAGAUAUUAUUUAAAGCUCGGAACAUUUUCAGUAGGGGCCGAAGCUUCUGAGAAAUGUUAUGUAUUUACAAUAAAACUGUACUGUCAACAGCAACAAUGAUCCAGGACUUCAAACUUGUCACAGGGGGUCACCAUCUUGGAAAGUGUCUGUGACACUCACAUGCUCAGUGGGCUCUGAUUGGCUAUUGAGAAGCUAAGCUUAGGGCUCGUCACUAAUUAUCCAGCAAAAAAUGAGCUUCCCCUGUAAUAUAAGCUGAUGCUACAGGGCUGAUUAUUAUAUUGUGAUGCUAAUUGCACUGGUUUCUGUGCCACCAUGUAGUAAUUAUCUGUAUUAAUUACUAAUCAGCCUUAUAUUGUGACAUUUCUAUUCUAUGUGUACUGUAUAGUGUGAGUGGGUCCCUAAGCUCAGUAAGUGACAGUAGCACAGAGCAUGUGCAGUGAAUCAGCAGAAUAGAAGAUGGGGAGCUACUGGGGCAUCUUUGGAGACACAGAUCUUUACUGCUAAAGGGCUGUGGUUGCCUUGGGCUGGUACAGAAGCACAAAACAUAAUGUACAACAUUUCUAGCUACUUCUUUAGUUCGCCUUUAGUUCUCCUUUAACUUACUGAAGUAAGAAAUGAAGUAUGGAAUUCUACUCUAUACACUGAUUUAUAUAUAUAUUGUAUGGGGUCCUAAACAACCCAACAUUGCAACAGGGUCUCUUCAUUUUAUGAAACUGUUAUUGCCUCUGCCCAUAUAACCACUCUUAGGGGCAAAAGACUAUUUUCAAUCAAUGGCAUCUAAAUAUUGGAUCAGAUUGAAUCUGAAGCAGUCGAUGGGGUAUAACUAUUACCCAAGAAAGCAGAAAGGAUUUGAUCAAUUUGUUAAAGAUGAAAUCCACUGGAAAAAACAUGUUACAAUGUUACACUGUCCAUAGUGUUCUAUUAUCUCAGAUAACUGUUCUUUUGGGAAAACUUGUAGGAUAUAUGAUUUAUAUGAUCUUUGAUAAAUCUGUUAUUACAUAUGUCUAUAAUAUGUAACCCAUUGAUAUUUUUUGUACAGACCCACAUUCAAGGAUUUCAUUCAAAUCAAAUGUAUAAGUAUAGAGCUUCUCACUAGCUUGUUUAUCCCAUGACAGUGAACCAACCAAUAAAAAGAGGAAAUUUGAAGAGUCAGCUCUUGUUAGUAAAGAUCAACUGAAGGGUGCAGUUCUGCUCAAUUAUUGUCUGUUAAUGACACUUCCCUUCAUUAAGGAAUGUUCUGUGCUGGUUGCACAAGAAUUGGUAUAGUAAUAGCAUUUUUUACUUGUUUUUAUCGUGUAUAGAUAUAGAUAUAUAUAUAUAUAAAGCAAGAAAUGACCAGCAACACCGAGUUCUUUGAUGAAAAAAUCAAAAUGCCUGCAGAACAAAGACACACGUGACUCUUGAUCUCAGAGGGGGUCCUCACAGAAUUAGUGGAGGAAGGGUGUUGUUUUGUGUGUCGGUGGUUCUUAAUACAAAUGAUAAAUCUAUAUUUACAGGGAUGUAGAACAAUCUCUUAGAGGACAGUCACAUAUGAUACAGUACAGUGAUUUAGUAAUUACUCAAGAUCAAGCUUCCAGCAAUGUUUGCCCAAAUCAGGUACUGGAAGUAUUCAGUGCUGAAAACAGGCCUUGCAAGUGGAACCUCUAUGGGAAUAACUGUAGCCUAAGGUCUGUACACUUGAGUCUGUACAGGCGACACCCAGAAUACUAAUCUUACUUUCCUUGUUGGAGCAUCAGACUGCUCAAUAGCUACCCAGAUCCUAACUCUUACUUUUACAACAAGCUAUUAUAGAACUAUCCUCACACUAGCUUCACCUAGUUGGCCUACCACCACCCAGGAUCUGGGUUCCAUCUACCUCCUCCAACAGUUGGGAUCCAAAGAAGCUGUUGGCUUUCCCUUUUAAAGAAUAAGCAACCCCAAAA